AGAGUCCACUAGGGAGGAGGAAAGCCGAAGUGAAACACAAAGAGCCAAGGAAAGGGGGGACGCCCUCCCCACCCUCACCCCCGCCCCAAUGCACGCUCACCCAGGCCUGCAAGAGGGUGCAGCCACUAGCCUGGAGAGGAUCAGUGUGUGUGAAGGGUGAUGGUAACCGAUGGACCCAAGGAGCCCUCUACCCCAAGUCGACCUGCAAGGCCUCCAGGGACGGGCUUGCCAACAGCUGGACUUGAUCACCGGCUUGCAAAGUGAGAUCACGCAUCUGGUGGAAUAACAAGCAGGCUUGGCUCUCCGGCUGUUUUUAGAGGAUUUUCACAGCAGUGGCUGGAAAGCAGGAGACCACCACCUGGACCCUUGGGUUUUCUUAGAGAGCACAGCAGAGGAGACUCCACCCCUGGGCGGUUUGCAGGACAAUGAUGGCCCUUGGGCGAGCUUCUGCUGUCCUGGUUCUGUUCCUGGUGGCUCUUCUGCCCCCACCCCAGUGCGCCCAGGACCCGGGCAUGGUGCACUACAUCUACCAGCGCUUUCAAGUCUUGGAGCAAGGACUGGAAAAAUGUACCCAAGCAAUGAGGGCAUACAUUCAAGACUUCCAAGAGUUCUCAAAAAACAUAACCACUAUGCUGGGAAGAUGCCAGACCUACACAAGUGAGUAUAAGAGUGCAGUGACUAACCUGGCCCUGAGAGUCGAACGUGCACAACGGGAGAUCGACUACCUGGAGUACCUGCGAGAAGCUGACAUGUGCGUGGAAUCAGAGGACAAGACCCUGGCAGAAAAGUUCAUCCAAGAGGAGGAAGAAGAGAAGAAGAUCCGGACUCUGCUGAAUGCAA